AUGUCCUCCUACAGAGCGACGAGGACGGCCUUCCGCGCCGUCGCGCGCACAUCCAAUCCCGCCACCAGACCCGCAACGACACGCCUUCAACAAUCGCGAACCUUUGCCAGCGUCCACUCCUCGGCCGCGGCAGGCCUUCUACAGCAAACUCGUCUCCCCCGGAGCACGACACAACAAACUCGACAAGCCGCCGCGCGACGGUCCCCGUUCGCCGGACGCCAGGGCGGCAUCCGCACCAUUUUCAUCCAGACCGAGCAGACGCCCAACCCGGACGCCAUCAAGUUCCUCCCGAACCAUCGCAUCCUGCCCGAGAACAUGGCGACGCCCUUCAUCGAGUACCUCAACCCGCGCUCGACCAUCGCGCCGCCCUACCCCUCCCCACUCGCCGCCCAGCUCAUGAACAUUGACGGCGUCACCUCAGUCUUCUACGGCGCCGACUUCAUCACCGUCAGCAAGUCCGCCGACGCCAACUGGGCCCACAUACGGCCUGAGGUCUUCGCCCUCAUCACCGAGGCCAUCACUUCGGGGCAGACAAUCGUCACCGUCUCGGAGAAGAAGGACGGCGGCGCCGUCGGCGCAUCCGGAGAGCAGCAGCCGCACGGCGAGGAAGACAGCCUGGCGUACGACGAGAACGACAGUGAGGUCGUGGGCAUGAUCAAGGAGCUGCUCGAGACGAGGAUACGGCCCGCCAUCCAGGAGGACGGCGGCGACAUCGAGUUCCGCGGGUUCACAGACGAGGGCGUCGUGCUGUUGAAGCUCCGCGGCGCGUGCCGGACGUGCGACUCCAGCACGGUGACGCUGAAGAACGGCAUCGAGGGCAUGUUGAUGCACUACAUCGAGGAGGUCAAGGGCGUCGAGCAGAUCCUCGACCAAGAGGAGGAAAUCGCCAUCCAAGAGUUUGCCAAGUUCGAAGAGAAGCUCAAGGCCCAAAAGGGCGCCGAGGCAACCGCGGCGUAA